UUUGUCUUGGUGCAUAUGCUCUCAGUGUACAUAAAAGAAAAGAUACGUUCAUCAAGAAAAAAGACCAUGUGGUCCAUCUCGGUAGCGGCCUUGAUCUGGUUGGUCUCCCUGAGGACCUUGUCCGCAGCGCUGGAUCCGACCCUGGAGGGGACAUGGAGAGACUGGAAGGCCACUCACGGUAAAGAAUACGCCUUGGAGGGGGAAGAAUCCUUUCGAAGAGCCGUGUGGGAAGAGAAUUUGCGGAUGAUCCAAGACCACAACAAGCAGGCUGACCAGGGAAAACACACCUACAAGCUCGGGAUGAAUCACUUUGGUGAUCUGACUAAUGAAGAGAUUAACAAGAAGCUGAAUUGCUUGCUUCCUGACUUGGAUCUUGCAUCUCGAAAGAACGUAGUCACGUUCAAAUCCUCAGAAAACCCACAGAUCCCCCCUGGGGUGGACUGGCGAGCCAAAGGUUUCGUGACUGAGGUCAAAGAUCAGGGUGAAUGUGGCUCUUGUUGGUCCUUCAGUGCCACAGGAGCUCUGGAAGGCAUGCAUUUCAAGAAGACGGGGAAGCUGGUCUCGCUGAGCGAACAAAAUCUUAUUGACUGUUCUACGGACCAGGGUAGCUCUGGGUGCAAUGGUGGACUGAUGUCACAAGCUUUUGAAUAUGUACACGAGCAAGGAGGGAUCAAUUCAGAGGAAAGCUACCCAUAUGAUGGACUGGAUUUUUAUAGUUGUCGUUACCAAGCUGAGAACUCUAUCACGAAGUGUUCCACAAUGGGACUCAUCCUGACAGGAGACGAAAAGGGCCUCCUGGAGGCCGUGGCCACCAUUGGCCCAAUUGCUGUCGGAGUGGAUGCCCGGAGCUCUGAGUUUCAAUUUUACAAGUCGGGUAUUUUUCAAAAUCCCUGGCGUGGAGACCCGCACUUGGUUCAUGCUAUGCUGGUGGUUGGUUAUAACAGCACCAAGUAUUGGAUUUUGAAGAACAGUUGGUCGCGCAUAUGGGGAGACAAUGGAUACAUGCUCUUGGAACAAGGGUCGAAUCAAUGCGGCAUCACCAACUUCGCCUGCUAUCCCAUUCCGUAACCAGCCAAGUGGACCAACUGAGAAGCAGGUCAAAAAGGCCACCAGGAAUAAUCUGCAGUGUCUGAAGCUUCUGGAGAACCAGGAAAAAUAUAUAUAUAUAUACGCUAAAAAUCAAUAAAUGCUUUGACGCAAUGCUGCCUAUAUCUAA